AUGUGGCUACAACAAAAGGCCGUAAGGAGCCCUCUUCAAUCCAAAAGAGGGGGAAACGAAAAGAAAAAACCAACAAUUUCAGCUGCUAAAAUUCCCCUAGAUGUUACAGCAUCAUGUCAGCAUUCUGCUGCGGAAAAGCCUUUGCAAAAGCCACCUCCACCAUUUCCUCAACGAUUCAUGAAGCAGCAAGAUGAUGGUCGAUUCCAAAGAUUUCUUGAUGUUCUAAAGCAUCUCCACAUCAAUGUACCAUUAGUGGAAGCUUUGGAGCAAAUGCCAACCUAUGUAAAGUUUUUAAAGGAUAUUUUUACAAAGAAAAGGAUGCUUGGCGAGUUUGAAACAGUUGCUUUGACAGAGGGAUGUAUUGCUAUGUUGAAGAGUAAAAUUCUACCCAAAUUGAAAGAUUUGGGCAGCUUUACAAUUCCAAUUUCUAUUGGAAGUCGAGAUGUUGGAAGAGCUCUUUAUGAUUUGGGAGCUAGUAUUAAUCUCAUGCCUAGGUCUAUUUUUUGGAAGUUGGGAAUUGGAGAAGCAAGGCCACCUACCGUCACUUUGCAAUUAGCGGAUCGUUCCAUGGCUCAUUUGGAAGGGAAAAUUGAAGAUGUGUUGGUGCAAGUGGAUAAGUUCAUUUUUCCAGCCGAUUUCAUUAUCCUUGAUUAUGAGGCCGAUAGAGAAGUUCCUACUAUUUUGGGGCGGUCAUUCCUUGCUACCGGAAGAACCUUGAUUGAUGUGCAAAAUGGGGAACUCGCUAUGAGAGUGAAUGAUCAAAAAGUCACUUUUAAUGUGUUCAAUGCUAUGAGAUUUCUGGAUGAGAUCGAAGAAUGCUCCCGUUUGAGUGUAAUUGAUUCUAUUGUGGCUGAAAGAUUUCACAAGGAAGUGUAG